ACAGCUCCUACCUGCCCCAUGGCACCCAAAAGGCACCUCUGCAUGGAAAGUCUCCCCCUGAAACCCCUAGCCCACCUCGAGUGGGACCGUCUUUCAGGUGAGGUGCACGAAAGGCUUUCCCGAAGUGGCAGCUCGGAAGGAUGCACGUCCGGCUGCGCCAAGCUGGCUUCCCCGCCUUUUUCCCACUUCGGCGUCAGCCUGGGCCCUGGGAACUGCAGCCUGUGCCUCCAGCCGCGCGCUUCCUUCUGCCUCCAGUGGAGCAGGGCAGUGCAGCCAGGCCUCGCAAACCCCUCUUCUGGGGCCCCCAGCGGGAGCAGGAAGGAAAGCCGCUGAGAUGCGCCCUGAGUGUCGCAUGGCUUGGAGAAGUGGGUUGCUGGGUUGCAUAAGGUGGAAGGAACUUGCUAGUUUGCAAAAGACAGCUCUUGGCGGGAGCCGGAACCCCGAGCCUGCCGACUCGCGCACCCCUCCUCAUUUACUGCCUUCGACGCGCGCCUCCCCGACUGCGCCCCCACCCCCUCGGCGCGCCGCCGUCUCGCGCGCACUACCCCCCCCACACCCCCCUCCUCACUCCCUCCAGAGGAGGUGAGUUUAAACCCCGCCCACGUGACCCCAGCUGGGCCAAUGAACGGCGGCGGGAGGUGAAAUCCGGUUCUAACCGGUCCGGGGCUCCCAGCGCUAUAAAAACUUUAUAAACCCCCCGGAGCCCGAGCAGUGUGAAGAAGAAGAGGCGAGAACGACCCCCGGACCGACCAAAGCCCGCGCGCGCUGCAUCCCGCGUCCAGCACCUACGUCCCGCCGCCGUCGCCACCAUGCCCAAGAGAAAGGCUGAAGGGGAUGCUAAAGGAGAUAAAGCCAAGGUGAAGGACGAACCACAGAGAAGAUCCGCGAGGUUGUCUGCUAAACCUGCUCCUCCAAAGCCAGAGCCCAAGCCUAAAAAGGCCCCUGCAAAGAAGGGAGAGAAGGUACCCAAAGGGAAAAAGGGAAAAGCUGAUGCUGGCAAGGAGGGGAAUAACCCUGCAGAAAACGGAGAUGCCAAAACAGACCAGGCACAGAAAGCUGAAGGUGCUGGAGAUGCCAAGUGAAGUGUGUGCAUUUUUGAUAACUGUGUACUUCUGGUGACUGUACAGUUUGAAAUACUAUUUUUUAUCAAGUUUUAUAAAAAUGCAGAAUUUUGUUUUACUUUUUUUUUUUUUAAAGCUAUGUUGUUAGCACACAGAACACUUCAUUGUUGUUUUUGGGGGAAGGGGCAUAUGUCACUAAUAGAAUGUCUCCAAAGCUGGAUUGAGGUGGGGAAAACAUCUUUCCCUUCUAGUUUUGAGAGACUUCCUCUUGGUUCCCAGGAGGAGGGAGUCCCUGACUUUGACACACAUGGCCACCUUGGCACGAAAGCCUUGUGGUAUGGAAAAACAAGUUUGUUUUUAUGUUCUCUUCUCCCUUUCCAUCUUUCAGCAUAGACUUAACUCCCUUAAGCCCAGACAUCUGUUGGGACCUGACCCAUAGUCAUUGGUUACCAGUGUGUCAGGCAAUCUGGACUUUCCAGUGAUGCCACUGAGAUGGCACCUGUCAAAACAGCAUUGGUUCCAUUUCUAGAUUGUGGAUUUUCAGAUAAAUUCUGCCAUUUUCAUUUCACUUCCUGAAAGUCAGGGUCGGCUUGUGAAAAGUUGUUAAACAACAUGCUAAAUGUGAAAUGUCAACCCUCACUCUAAACUUUCCCUGUUCAGAGCAUCAGAUGAAGACUUCAUUGGGUUUUAUAGUGGCUUUCUGAUUUUUGGUAGUCCAUUGAAGAAGGGAGUUUGAAAGUUGUUGUAUACUGUUAACGAUUGUCUGCCCAUGUCCUGCCUGAAAUACCAUGAUUGUUUAUGGAAAGUAUCUUUAAUAAAGCUGGAUACAGUUUGGCUUGGAA